AUGACCGACGAGGACGACUUUUUGCAGAAAGCCCGAACCGGGUUUGAAGAUCUGUGUCGAGCGUUGAAUAUGGACGAAGAGGCGAGCAAUGAGGCAUGGAAAACCUACGAAAACAUCAGCAGAAAUUUUACAUUAGAGGGCAGUGAGCUGCAUUGGCUGGCCUGUGCCCUCUAUGUAGCCUGUCGAUCCUCAGUGCCCACAGUGGGGAAGGGCACUGUUGAGGGGAACUAUGUCUCCCUAACCAGAAUCCUACGCUGCUCAGAAAUGAGCCUGAUUGAGUUUUUUAAUAAAAUGAAGAAGUGGCAGGACAUGGCAAACCUGCCUCAGGAUUUCCGCCAGAGCACAGACAAGCUGGAGAGAAACUUCACAGUGUCUGCGGUCAUCUUUAAAAAGUAUGUUCCCAUCUUCAAAGCCAUCUUCAAGGCUCCUUCAGAUGACCCGCCUCGAGUUCACCGCAGCCGCAAACAGAGACGUCAUCCGUGCACUGUGACUGAGGUCUUCAGCUUCUGCUGGGUCUUGUUUGUCCAUGCUAAAGGGAACUUCCCAAUGAUCAGUGAUGACCUGGUGAACUCCUAUCAUCUGCUGCUGUGUGCUCUCGACCUGGUUUUCACCAGUGCUCUGCUGUGCAACUCUAGGAAAGACCUGCUCAACCCAAACUUUAAAGGUCUGCCUGAAGACUUCAGCAGUAAAGACUACCGCCAGGCCUCAGGUCCAUACUGCUUCAUAGAGCAGCUGUGUGAGCUUCAUGACGGACUGGUCCUGGAGGCCAAAGGGGUCAAAGAACACUUUUGGAAACCUUUCAUCAAGAAACUCUUCCAUAAGAGGAUUCUCAGAGGAAAAGAGGACAGUCUGACCGGCUUUCUUGAUCCCAUGAACUUUGGUGACAGUUUUUCAUCUUUGAGUCGGGUGUAUGAAGAACAUGUUCUGGCCACCGGCAGCCUAGAUGAGAGGAUCUUCACUGGUGAGGGGGCGAAUGAGGACAUCGGUACCCCGGGUCCCUGCCUAUGUGAAGGAGUGGAGAACCAGGACAGCGCCACCUACAGGCUUCACACUAACCUGACAGCCUCAGCUCUGAAGGUUUCCACUCCUCUGACUGGAAGGAAAUAUGUUCAGGAGAACAGCCUAUCGUCUCCCAUCUCAUCUGCCAUGAAGAGUGUUGGCCGCCUCCACACUCUGCUGUCAGGAACCAAACAGGGGCCAAGCGCUAAACUCACAGAAACGCUCAGGACUUGUGCCAGAGACCCAAGUGAUGUCAUCAGCAUGCGCCUGAAAGAUAUGUUCGAGAUCUUCUCUCAACAUUAUGAAAACAGCGGGCCAGAGAACAGGGGAAUGGGCAAAGAAAUGGCUGUUAAGUAUUUCUGCCUGGCUGAGGCGCUCUACUACAGAAUCCUGGAGUCCAUCAUUGAGAGAGAAAAGAUGAUACUUGGAGAUGCUGAUCUGUCUUGUAUUCUGGAGCAGGACAUCUUCCACCGCUCACUGCUGGCCUGCUGUCUGGAGAUCGUAAUCUUCUCCUACAGACCUCCAGGAGAUUUCCCCAGUGUGAUCAGUAUUUUCCAGCUCCCGGCAUAUCACUUCUAUAAGGUGAUUGAGGUGUUGGUUCGGUCAGAGCAGGGUCUGUUUCGGGAGGUGGUAAAGCACCUGAACCAGGUGGAGGAGCAAGUGCUGGAGAGUCUGGCCUGGACUAACAACUCCCCACUGUGGGAGAGCCUCCGUGCAGCAAAAGACCACGUUCCCACAUGUCAGGAGGUGAUGCCUCCUCAGUAUCUGGAACAAAAUGAUGAAAGCAGCACAACAAACCUUCCCCUCACCCCUGUCAACCACGGACCUGACCUCAACACCAACAGCACAGUUAAAGGUGUGUCCCCCUCCCCCACCACCUUGCUGGACCGUUACAGCUCCCCAACAGCCGGUACGGCUCGGCGCCGUCUGUUUGUCGACCCAGUGGACGGUGAGUCUGGUGCCACGUCCACCAGCAGCACCAGUACCACCAGUACAGCCCCAGCCACUGUGACAAAGACCGGUCAGGCCAGUAUCGUCACAGCCAUCCCAGCUGGGCAGACUGUAGUCACCAUGGCAACCGCCACAGUUACUGCAAACAACGGCCAGACGGUGACCAUUCCUGUGCAGGGUAUAGCCAAUGAGAGCGGAGGCAUCACUUUUAUCCCAUUCCAGGUGAGUGUGACCGGUCAGGCUGGAGCCACACUGCAGCCGCUGUCUGCUCAGGCUCUGACUGGCACACUCACUGUCCAAUCAGCUGUCACCAAACCGGCUGCCAAACCAGUGAGCAGUCCUUUGAGAAAAGGCUCGUUGUCACUGUUCUUCAGGAAGGUCUACCACCUGGCCAGUGUUCGCCUCAGAGACCUUUGUGCCAAACUGGACAUCUCAUCAGAGCUGAGGAGGAAAAUCUGGACCUGCUUUGAGUACUCUCUGGUCCACUGCACACAGCUUAUGAUGGACCGGCACCUGGACCAGCUCCUUAUGUGUGCUGUCUACGUCAUGGCCAAGGUGACUAAAGAGGACAAAUCCUUCCAGAACAUUAUGAAGUGUUACCGCACACAGCCUCAGGCCAGCAGCAAUGUCUACAGGAGUGUGUUGAUCUCAGGGAGAAAGAGACGUCCCUCAGGCAACAACGAAACCGCCAAACAAAAUUCACCCUCCGAGAGCAGCCAGGAACCAGCAGGUGGAGACACCAGCCCUGUUCCGAUUCGCUCCAGCAGCACGUUACCGGGUCCUCAGCCGGGCAGCGCCCCCUCCACACCCACCAACAACAACAAGAGCUCUUCCUCUUCUAUUGUGGGCGACAGCGAGGAGGAGCGAGGAGACCUUAUCCACUUCUAUAAUAAUGUUUACAUUAAACAGAUGAGACACUUUGCUCUGCGAUACUCUCCGAGUUCACCCUCUGCAGGGGUGGAGUCCCCCCCCCUCUGUCCAUACCCCACCCUGAGGACCGGGUCCCCUCGCCGGAUGCUUCUCUCCAGUAAACACUCCAUCUACAUCUCACCACACAAGACCAGCUCCGCUCCCACACCAACAACCCCCCGAGACAAGAUUUACUACUACAUCUGCAGCAGCCCCCCUAACCGUCUCCAGGAGAUCAACAGUAUGAUCCGGACCGGAGAGACCCCGUCCAGGAAGCGCAGCAUGGCCCUGGAGGAGGAGACGUCACCCAAGAGGUUGUGUCCCGACAACCACUCUGCUCUACUGCGGCGGCUGCAGGACGUCGCCAAUGACCGCAGCUCCUCCCACUAAGGGAGCACGCACUGUCGCUAUGGCAACACACAACUGAACCGGCUUACUGUUACUUCCACAUGUGUACUGGAAGGAGAUCAGUCCAUUAGGAGCAUUUUGGCCAAUUUCAAAGGCAGUGAAUGAAUGACGGGAUGAAUCCACUCAAAACGUAAUAUUAUUAUUAAUAUUUGUUUAUUACUUAUUUGAUUCUGAAGCAACAAAAGCACAACAUGUCACGUGUAGACGAAAGUAUACAAUCAAACAAAAGUAUUUUUGUUGAUAAGAUCAUAAGACCAGAAUUAGACUUAACCUAAAGUGAAAGCUUUUACAUUAUACAAAAACAAACAUUUGCAUUUAUUCUUAAAAAGAGGUUUUAGAAUUGUCUCGUCAUUGGGUGGUUUUCAUUCUGAUUUGUGCAGGAGCAUCACUGAUUCUCAAACGUCCUGCUGCGAUGGUAAUGGUUUCACUCUGAGGCUGUCUGUGACCAUUACUAGUAACUGUAACUUAAGUUAAAACUUCAUACAGUUACAUAGCACUUUACAGUAAAUGUAUCCUUAUGUGUUUGACAGAAACAGGGUCCGCAUGGAAUAGUUAAAAUACUGAAAAUGAAUAAGUCGAACAUUUCUCUGCCGUUGACUCCAAGAAGAACUUAACCCUAAAAUCCAAACAAAACCAGCAGCAGCAGACCACCUCAAAAAUAAAACAGCUUAAAGGGAGGCGGUAAAAGUAUUCGCUUGUAUUUGGACCGCUUCAUUUAAAAUACAAUCAAGGAGGAUUAUGAUUGAAGUUCAAAUUCCUUCUCUAAAUUUUACCCUUUUGUUCCAUUUGUGUCCCAAAUAUUGUAAAAAAAAAAAUGCCUGUAAAAUGACCAAAAUGCUCUUAAAAUCACAUGACAUGAAACUUUAAAAUCAGUUAAUUUACACAUUCAACAGCAUCGGAAUCCUCCUGUUCUGUUUUCCCUAAAAGUCUGUAUGUUUUUUAUCGGUGAGACACUGAACUCACCUGCACUACGUACUGUAUGGACACGCCUUCGACUCUUACCGUUAGUAUUACGUUGCUGUGUUGCUGUCGUAUAAAACUCCUCAUUCCAUCCUUUUUCUCUCCGAUACAGGAAUGUAAUUUGGGUUUUCAAGGUUAUUUGUUUUGUAUCAGAAGUUUCUUACUGGCUGAAAUAAAGGUGUAAUGAAGUGGCAGAUGGCGUUUCAGUCCAAGCACUGAAACGUUCUCACUUUGCAAGAUGCUUUAUUUUACUUUCCUUCAUUUUUUUAAUGUUAUCCGUUUAGUGUUUUGUUUUUUUUUUUAUUUUUUUUAUUGAUAGCUUUAUUAGACACCUCUGAUGUUUUUGUAUCGCACAUAUAAUUUAAUCAUGUAUUCACAGUCUUAUUUAACCAUUAGCUGAUGGUAAAAGUGUUUGAUUUCUGUGUAAUUUAACCAUGAAAGGGCUUUAGACUGACAUCCAUAAUGUGUUAUUGUGAUUUUUUUUACUGCUCCAGCGGCAGUGGUCCCACUUUUCAGCAGCUCUUUUUCUAUGUUUAUAUUCAUGUAAUCUCUACUUUAAAUAUCCUCUCCGUCAGCCCAAACUCACUUAUCUUCGAGCAUCACCUUCUAUUCUAACAAGUAGUGUGUAUAUAUUUGUAAAAAAGAGUAAAGAAAACCUAUUUUAUCAUGGGUGAAGGAAGGUAAGUGCCUUUAUUUUUUACUGAUCUGUUUGUUUGUUUACAUCCACCAAACUUUACCCUUACAAAAGUUUCUUGAUUGUUAAACAGCGCCGAUAAUAAAAACUUUAAAAGUGA